GGUAAUAGUACUGAUAAUGAGAAAGUGGGUGGAGGAUAAGAUUACAGCUGAUUAAUGAAGAUAACAAUUUCCCAGCAACCAGCCCUUUACUUGUAAUUCACUCAUUUGCUACCCCUAAAAGAUAACUCCUAUAACACAUGUACCCCACUCAAACAUUUCUUCCAAGCUCAAAAAAAAAAAAAAAAAAAAAAUGUCUGAUUAUCUUCCAAAAGAUGUUCUUGGAGAAAUCCUAUCAAAACUCCCAUUAAAACCCCUAAUUCAAUUCACCACAGUAUGCAAAACCUGGUAUUCCAUAAUAACAAACCCGAAUUUCAUAUCGUUCCAUCACAACAUCCUUAACAACAACCCUAAUCGCCGUCCUUUACUCUUCAUUCGUCAUUACAACAUGUUCGAUAAAGUCGAACGUUACGCUUUACACUUUGACGAUGAAGAAGAAGGAGUAGUAGAGUCGGAAUCUGAUGGUGACUCGUUCGAUGAAUAUUUAGACCUUAAAUGUCCUGAAACAACUCGUAGCGAGUUUUUAAGGAUUGUGGGUUGUUGUAAGGGUGUUGUUUGUUUAUCUGAUGAUUAUGAUAAGUAUACUGAUACUGUUGUUUUGUGGAACCCUAUAGUUAGAAAACAUUUGAAUUUGCCUAGGCCUAAUUUGAGGUAUAAUGGACGUGGUUCUUGUAUUUAUGGAUUUGGAUUUGAUGUUGUGAAAUGUGAUUAUAAAGUUGUUAGAGUUGUUUAUAAUAGUACUGCUACUGAAGACUAUAAAUUGCAGUUUCCACCUACUGUUGAGUUUCUUGAUAAAUUAAGGGCUGUUAAGUUUUUGGUUCCACCUGGUGUUGAGGUUUAUUCAUUGAGUAGUGGGGCUUGGAGGAGUGUUUCGGGUGUUUGUCCGUCGUAUAUUUUGCAUCAAAAUCAUUCUGUUUCGACUUAUUUAAAUGGGGGUAUUCAUUGGAUUGCGUCUAAUUCGGGUGAUGAUGAUAAUGUGGAUAGUAGCAAUGAUGAUAGUAGUAGUACUAGUAGCAGCGGUAAUAGUAAAGACGGUAGCUUUAUUGUAGCGUUUGAUGUGGGGACUGAAAUUUUUAGUGAAAUAAGUUUGCCGGAGAGUGUUGCUGAGAGAAAUGUAAUGAAGUUGGAUGUGAUGGUUACGGGCCCGUCGCUUGCGCUAAUUGAAUAUGAAAAGUUUUGGCAGAGUGAUUAUUGUUGGGUAUGGGUGAUGAAAGAGUAUGGUGAGGUGAAGUCUUGGAGUAGACUGCAUAACAUUGAUUUGAGAGGAGGGUUUAGGAAUAUUGUGGGAUUUAGGAGUCACGGUGAGUUAUUGAUUUCUGCCAGAAUGGUAGGGAUGGUUUCAUACAACCCCAAGAAGAGAAACAUAAGCUAUCUUGGAAUCCAUGGAACCAAUCGCUCAUUUCACGGUGAGCCUUUUUUCGAGAGCCUGGCUUUAGUUGGUAAAGAAGAUAGAUUUGUGCAGCAGGCAGAUUCGACUACAAAUGUUGUUCAAGAAGUUGGAUCUGUACUGGAUAAUGGUGAAGAUGGAACUCAGGAACAUACGUAAUAGUUGAUCCAGAUCCUCUUUGUAUAGGGAGAAGGUGCACGCAUACUGGGGGGAACCUUUAAAAUGCAUGUAAAUCAAUGGUUCAUAUAGUAAAUUAUACUUUUGGUGACUUCACAUCACGGAACUUAUUGCAGUUCUCAUGUGGCUUCAAACAAUUGCAGCAGGUUACAUAAAGGACACUUCGGUCUUUAAUCUAAGGAGGCAGUAGUGAUCCAAAAACUCAGGAGUUUGAGAUAGUUUCUGAAGAGGCAUAGAACCGGAGGUUGGUGCACAUUAUCCUAAGGGUAAAAUGUACCAAUUGUUUUUAUCUCAGUCUUUUCUUGUUUUCUUUUUGUCUUUUCCCUUUUGGGUGGCGAUUCAACGUACAUCAGGAUGCCCUGUCACACUUCAUCCAUCUGCCUUUUCUGCCCCACCUCUCUAAGUAACCUGUCAUGUAUCAUGACCUCCUCUUCCCUGAAACUCCAUUGCAGAAGCUUUCUUCCUGCGCCUCUGCAGCAUACUGCUGUGUCCAAUCCCUCAUUGAGCGGAAGGGUAAACGAAGCUGAAGAGACUGGUGUGAAGUUAGGGGAGAUGUUGACGGAAGCAGUGUUGCUCAGAUUACAAGCCCUUCAGGAAUUGGAGGAUCGUGUGCAAAGAACUAAUAUCUCAGUUGAGAUUUUCUAUAAGCCUCUGGCCCUCAUAAAUAUAAAGAAAUUCAAGAUAAGUAGGGGCUACUGCCUAAUCAGUAUCUUGACAAGCCAACUAUAUCCUUCUCCACUUGCAGUCCUUGUUCGUGUGUUAUUAUGCCUAUGCUUGUUUUCCUUGGCAAGGGUCUUAUCCUGUCUCAUGACAUUGACAAAAAUCUCUCUUGUUGGACGCUCAAGGAGUGCGGUUGGAGAAAGUCUGUACUCCUCAAAGGAGAAGGUGUUUAGAGGGGUGGGGUACCUAUACUUGCCAAACAAAAAAAUGUAUGGUUGGAUAACAGUGAGUGCAUACUGUUUUCUAUCUUUUACUUCCCAAUGCUUCCUUUUGUUUUCUUAAUGUCAAUGAGUACUUGUUUUUUGACAUAGUUCCUUGGAUAACAUAGACGAGAAAGAUUUCGAUUUUGA